AUGGAGCCAACCAAGCCGGAGCUUAAGGCUCAAGACCCGAUCGUUGUGUCGACCGAGCCUGCACCUCAGGACAAUCAAUCCGGCGACAAUGACGGAAAACGAUAUCCGCCGCUAUUGGCUAAGCUGUUCGCAGUCUUUCUUAUCUCAUGUAUCAGUUUUGGGUCGCGUUGGAGUUCCGGUGUUACGGGGGCAAUGAAGAGUACUAUCAAGAAACAAAUGAACAUCUCAAACACUCAAUUCUCCCUCCUCGAAGCAAGCGAAGAUUUCAUGGCUACAUUGCUCAUGUUGGUUAGCGGUAUCAUCACGGAUCGAGUUGGGGGUGCUGGAAUGAUCGUUUACGGAAAUGUCGUCUACACCAUCGCUUCAAUUCUUGUCGCCGCGGCCACAACAGUACGUUCGUUCAAUUUUAUGAUCGGGGGUAGGAUUAUCCUUGCGCUGGGAGAUAUCGCAACACAGAUUGCGCAGUAUAAGAUGUUCUCGUCGUGGUUUCCGCCUAGCAACGGAUUUGCAUCGACGUUGGGAUUUGAGUUGGCAGUUGGCAAGAUUGGUGGAUUUGUUGGGAAGUCUACUGCGAAUGUCAUUGCCAAGAACACUGGAAACUUCGCCUGGGUCUUCUGGACCUCCGUCUUCAUGAACCUCUUCACCAACGUAGCCACCCUCGUCUUCUACUUCUUCAACAGCUACUGCAACAAACACUUCAAAGGCCGUGAGGAUAUUGGCACCAAAGAGACAUUGACAGAGAAGAACAAGAAUUUUGAACUCAGGAAGAUAUUUGAGCUCCCCUGGAUGUUCUGGGCUGUCAUGGGGUUCUCGAUAUUCCAAACCAGUACUGCUUCGGUGUUCAGUCAGAAUGCGACAGAGCUAGCGCAGAAGAGGUUUAAUGUUGAUGCUAUCAAGGCGGGUUGGUAUAGUUCCCUGUCGCAGUAUGCUGGAUUCUUUCUUGUUCCGUGUCUUGGUAUUUUCAUUGAUGUUCUCGGGAAUCGAGCAUCAGUUAUGUGUGUAUGCGGAAUUGGAAUGUUCUUAAGCAUGGCCCUCGUCAACUUUGCCAACACGGAAGCCGGGACCGGUGCAUCGUUCGGCAUAUACGCCAUCGCUAUGUCUCUUGGUCCAACAUCCGUCAUCGACAGUAUCCGAACGACAUUAUGGCAUCAAUCUGUUUUUGGAUCUGCGUACGCCUUGAAAGUGACCAUGAACAAUGCAAUGAGCAUCAUCAUCCGAAUCAUUACCGGUGCCCUCCAGGACGCCGACGACGACUCCUACCGCCGCGUAGUCCGUGUGUACCUCUUUCUUGCGGCUGGAUCUGUAGCCGUGGGUCUAGCAAUUUUGAUUGGUGCAAUUUUCAGUAAGAAUCUAGCUCCAUUGCAGUGGACUCGAAAGCAGAGGAUUGCUCGGGGAGAGGACAUUGUGAAUCUCCGCGAGAAGCACCUUGUUACGCAUCGUAACCGCAGUAGGUGGAUUGCGGUUGCUUGUUUCAGUGCUCUCAUGUUGGUUACCGUUGGGAGUUGGACGGCGUAUAUCUGGGGUGCUGUUACAGGGCAUAAUUCAUAG